AUGAAGUGGUUCGCCUGCCGCACAAAGACGCCUAGUGGGGGGCUCGAGCAUCUACGUACCCGCCUGGGCGAGGUCGAUAUACCGCGCUCGUAUUCGCCGCAGCUCGAGCACUUGCGCAUGCGGUUGGCUGAGGUCGAUGUGCUUCGCGCGGAAGUGGGUUGGGAGAAGGAGAAGGAGAUGGAGAUGGGUAGGGAGGGCGAUGGAGACAAGGGCGAGGUUGUCAAGGAGAAGGAGGAGGUGGUCAAGGAGAAGGAGGUGGCUGUGCAUGACAAUGCACGGCCCGACAAAGCAACAGUCCUACGCAACUGCAAACUAGGCCUCCACGAGACCGAGGGCAGCGACCGAACCAGCAUCGAGAGCGGCUCCAGCAUCGCAAACCUCAACUCCAUCUCCAUCGCCGACCCAUCCGCCAGGCGUCUCAUGGCCGUGCACGGCCCUGCUCCCGGCUCGGACGAGACCCAAUUCCUCACCAGGACCGCCGUCUCAGCCAUGACGGGCAUAGUGCCCCCGCCGCGCACGUCCAGUCUCCGCCGCCCGGACGCCCCGAACGUCGAGUCCAAUCGCGCUUGCGGUCCAAGCUAA